AUGCUCCACUGUGCUUCAAAAACAGAGGCGGAACGUACGGCAUGGAAGUUUAUGGAGGAGAAAAAGCCUGAUUUCAUCCUCAAUACAGUCCUUCCAGAUGUUAAUCUCGGACGAAUUUUACACCCACGGAUCGCCGGUUCUUCUAUGGCUCUUACGCGGGCUCUUUUGCAGGGUAAAUCAGCGGUUAUGAACAUGCUAUGGACGCAAUGGUAUGUCGAUGUCCAAGAUAAUGCCAAGCUCCACGUUAUUGCGCUGCUAGGCAUCGAGGUUAAAUCCGAGCGCAUCUUUGCCUUUGCAGACAUCUAUACUUGGACCCAAAUUAUCGAACUGAUGCACAAAAUACUCCCAGAAGAUAGGUGUAGUCAGCUGGUUAGCCCCCCGGAGAAUGAAGGUCGAGCCUUGGGCAAGAUUAUUCCUGCGAAAAGGGCCGAGGAGUUGUUGUUGAGCUUUUAUGGCAAGGGUUGGACGAAGCUGGCGACUAGCCUUACAGAAGGACUUUAA